AGAAAUACAAAAUAAUAAUAAUAAGAAGAAGAAGAAGAAGAAGAAAUAAAAAAAAUAAUAAAAAAAGGGGGGGAAAUAGGUGAGAUAACGGUUGUGAGAGACAAGUUAGCGGGUUUUUCGCGAAAGGAAGGAUGGGGGCAAAAGCUGGUGGGUUGACACGUGGGAAGAGGAGAACCAUUAGAUGAGGGGAGAAUUAUAGAGGGAGAGGAGUUGAUGAAGAUGGGAUUAGGAGUAGUGAGAUGGAUGGUGGAUCCAUGGGGGAUACUGGAAAGGUAAGGUAGUAGUUUCAGGGGAAAAAGAGGUAAUAACUACAAGAGAAUCAGGAAGAUAGAGAAGAGCAGAAAUUAUUUAGGUGUGUGUUUUGAGUUUGGAUGGAGACUUAAAUUCAGUUUCCAGAAAAGAAAAGAAAAAAAGAAAAGAAAAAAAGAAAAGAAAAACUGCGCAGAGAGGAGAGAGAAGUGGGGGUGGAAAAAGAAAGGCAUGGCGGCGUUGCAGAGAGAGGUGUAAUUCUGAGCCAUAAAUGUGGAUGUAUUACUAACACUGAGUUAAAAGAAAAGAAAAAAGAAAAAACAAACAAAGGGGGGGAGAGAAUUGAAAGCCUGAUUAACGCGCUGUGCCCCCACUAUAAGCCACCAUCACCAGCAGCCAGCAGCCAGCAGCAGUAGCAGCAGCAGGCAACAGCUGCAUCUCAGUUUGGCGCCUCCAAUUCAGGCAGAGGGCUUCGACCCUCUGAUUAUGGAUUUUAGGUCACCCUCAGGUUCUGGGUCUUCACAGCAACAAUGUCUGGCUUUUUCACUUUAGGCGGUGGCGGCGGAGGAAGAGACGAAGAACAAAAUAACAACCGCCCCAACCAAUUUAUUCAUCCCCCGCCGGAUAGCAGUUUGUUUUGGUACAAAGCCGGUAACGUGGAGCUAUGGCAGCAGCAGCAGCAGCAGCAACAUCAUCAUCAUCAUCAAGAACAACCUCUCUUUCAAACACAAUCUCGUACUACUACUACUACUACUCCUUACUCCGCACCACUUGCCGUCCGGAACUCCGAUGAGUCCUCCUCCAGAUCGGGUAAUUUCAUGAUGAUAAGUUCGGGAUCGGGUGGAGGUGGAAUCAGCUGCCAAGAUUGUGGUAACCAAGCGAAGAAAGAUUGUAGUCAUAUGAGAUGUAGGACAUGUUGCAAGAGCCGAGGAUUUCAUUGUGAAACCCAUGUAAAAAGCACUUGGGUCCCUGCCGCCAAGCGUCGUGAGCGCCAAGAUAAACUUGCUGCCUUGCAAACCCAUCAUCAUCAUCAUCAUCAACAACAACUUCAACUCCAUGGCGGCGACAAUAAUCCCAAACGCCAUAGAGAUUAUAACUCCUCUUCACUUGCCUGCACUCUCAUCCCCACCAACAACAAUACUUCUGGGUUGGAAAUUGGGAAUUUCCCAGCUGAGUUGAACUCUCCAGCUGUGUUUCGUUGCGUUCGUGUUAGUUCUGCUGAUGAUACCGACGAUCAAUACGCGUAUCAAACGGCGGUAAAUAUUGGUGGACAUGUUUUCAAAGGAAUUCUAUACGAUCAAGGACCGGAAAAUAAUUAUAUUCCACCGGGUGAGACCUCGUCCGGUGGUGGUGGGAGUAGUAGUGGAGUGCAACCACUGAAUUUCAUCGCUGGAGCCGCUGAUGCCACCACCGGAAGCGGUGGUUCAACCGCGGCAUUACCCUUGCUUGAUCCUUCUUCCUUAUAUUCAACGCCGCUCAAUAGCUUCAUGGCGGGUACGCAAUUCUUCCUACCACCAAGAUCUUAAAAGAAAAAAAAAAAAAAACAAAGCUAUUAUCUAGGCAGCUUCAUUUUCUCAUUUUUCUCUUCCAGAUCUCUCACGAACUUUUCUUUCUGUUUAUUAUCUACAUUGACGCAAUAGAUCUGCUGAUAAUUUGUAGUAAAACAAAAAAACAAAAAACAAAAACAAAAAACCCUUCACUUGAGAAAAUGCUUCUUCUUCAUCUUUUUUUUUUUUUUCCUUUCUUUUUCUUGUCAGAUUAUUAUUAUAAUUAUUAUUAUUAUUGUUAUUGUUGUUAUGUUUUAAGAGCAAAAUUGGAGAAUAAUGCGUUAAAGUCUGUUGCCUUGUUUUUCAAUUUUGGAUUAAAAUGUUAUAUAUUUUCGGUUCAAAUUUCAAUGCGUAGUUUUUGAACAUAUAAAAUUAUUCUUCUUCAAAUCCAAAGUCGUUUUUGUGUACGACAUGUUUGUGGUUGCGUAGAGUCUUGUGCUGUGUCUGUAUCUUUGUUUUUUCUUUAAGUUUUUUUCAUCAUUGUUAUUAUUAUUGUUAUUAUUAUUCAUUGUUGUCUUUCUCUUUUCUUCUUUUUUUUUUCUCUCUGCGUGUUUAAGUGUUUGCCAUUAUUUUCCAUUACCGUUUUGUUGUUGCUUCUGCAGUUUCAAACUGCUUUUUUUCCUGCUUACCCCUAUAUAUAUAUAUAUAUUAUACCGCUUUCAAUUCAAAUAACAACAAUAAUUCUUCAUUUUCUUUACCUUUUCUUUUCAAUCUUUCUAUACAUAAAUUAUUCAAAAUGAACUCUCUUAAUUUCUGUUGUAGUUAUUAUAUUAAGCAACUAUACUAAGUGUCGUAGUCUUAUUGAAUGAUUGUUCCUCUCGUAAGCAACUAUAUCAAUUGUGACAGUCUCAUUAAAUAAUAGUUCAUAUCAUAAACGACAACCUAGGAUAACGAGGAUAUUAUGUCGGGGACGAGUCUCCUACUUCCCCUACCCAUGCAUAAAUUUAUUUGGUGUUGCAUUCAAGUUUAAAAGCUAACAUUUAAAUCUCUCCUUAAAAAAACUAUAUAUUGCAAGACAACUCCCAUGUCUGUUUUUUAUUUCUCAGUCCUAUGGUUUUAUAUUACAUGUAGGAGAGGGAAAUGCAAAUGAUUAGUUCUUCUCUUCACAUGCAUUUCACCUAUAAUCUUUGUUUAAUAAGUACUAUGUGAUGCUUUAGUGCAUGCUUUUCUUUUCUUGCUUAAUUAAUAAGUUGCAAAAUGGUUGAAUUAGUUAGCCACCAUUUGAAGCCCUAGCAUGGCUUACCCUACCCUUUUGCUUUUGUCAUUUUCAUUAAUCUUCUUCCUCUUCUUCUUCUUCCAUCUGUAUACUGAAUUCUCACAUUUAAUUUGCAUGUCAAACAUUAUUCUUUAUAUAAAUUAUAUUGAUCAAAAGGGGGGAGUCGAUCAUAUUAAA